AUGCUGGCCAACCACUUCAGCCUCCCCUCUGGUGCUCCCUCGUCCGACUUCCUCUCCCAAUUCACCGACGUCGACUCUUCCAACCCCGGAGCAAAGAUCAAGCUACACCACGGUACCACUACACUUGCUUUCCGGUACCAAGGCGGAAUUCUGGUCUGUGUCGACUCGCGAGCUACGGCGGGAUCUUACAUUGCUUCGGGGACUGUCAAGAAGGUCAUUGAGAUCAACCCUUACCUCCUGGGCACAAUGGCCGGAGGAGCAGCCGAUUGCCAGUACUGGGAGACGUACCUGGGCAUCCAGUGCAGGCUGCACGAGCUUAGGAACAAGGAGAGGAUCUCCGUGGCAGCGGCGAGCAAGUACCUCGCCAAUCUGGUGUACAGCUACAAAGGCAUGGGACUCAGUAUGGGCACUAUGAUCUGUGGCUGGGACAAGACUGGACCUGCCCUCUUCUACGUUGACUCGGAUGGAUCGAGACUAAAGGGAGACGUCUUCUCGGUGGGAUCGGGAUCGACGUUUGCGUAUGGUGUGCUGGAUCAGGGUUACAGGUGGGACUUGACCGAUGAUGAGGCCAUGGAGUUGGGAAGAAGGAGCAUCUAUGCCGCUACGCACCGGGACGCCUACUCGGGUAACUCUCUCAACCUAUACACCGUCAAGCCCGAAGGCUGGAUCUACCACGGCAACCUCGACGCUGCCGAUCUACACUACGAUGGUCCCACUGGCCCCGCGGCCAAGGGCGCCAAGCCUGGAGAAGGGUACGGGUAUGAAGUCAGGACAAAGGGGUUGAGCAACAAGGACACAGAGAGGGCAGGAGAAGUCAGGCCUGAGGGAGAGCUGAGGCAGGGAGCCGGGACUACGGGUACCGAGGGCACUACUUGA